CGUGACGUCAAGACGCCACGAUCCGGGCGUCGAAGCCCCAGGAAGACAAGAGCCAGCCGGGUGUGGAGCAGUCCAGCCGCCGCGUUGCUAUCAUUUGGAGCCGCCGCUGACGAGUCCCGGGGGCGUACGGACGAGACAGUGAAAAAGCAGUCUGGCUCCCGAAGUCCACCCCGUACACCCCAGGGUCCAGAUGGCGGCCAACGUGGGUGAUCAGCGUAGCACGGAUUGGUCCUCUCAGUACAGCCUGGUGGCCGGGGCCGGCAGAGAGAGUGGCAUGGAGACCCCCAUGCACGAGAACCCCGAGUGGGAGAAGGCCCGCCAGGCCCUGGCCAGCAUCAGCAAAGCGGGGGCGGCCGGCAGCUCUGCCAAGGCCGGCGGCGGCGGGCCCGUGGCCAGUGCACAGUAUGUGUCCCAGGCAGAAGCCUCAGCCCUGCAGCAGCAGCAGUACUACCAGUGGUACCAGCAGUACAACUACGCCUACCCGUACAGCUACUAUUACCCUGUGAGCAUGUACCAGAGCUACGGGUCCCCCUCCCAGUACGGGAUGGCCAGCUCCUAUGGCUCGGCGGCGCCGCAGCAGCCGUCCGCUCCGCAGCACCAAGGGGCCCUGAACCAGCCCCCGGUCCCGGGCAUGGACGAAGGCCUGUCCUACCAGGCGCCCCCUCAGCAGCUGCCGGCGGCCCAGCCCCCUCAGCCCUCCAAUCCCCCGCGGGGGGCUCACCCUUUGAGCAGCGGCCCGCAGCCCGGGACGGCCCCUGCCACGCAGCACAGCCAGGCGGGAUCGGCCUCGGGCCAGGCCUACGGGCAGCACGGCUACAGCGAGCCCGCCAAGCCCAAGAAGGGCCAGCAGCUGUGGAACCGCAUGAAGCCGGCCCCUGGGACCGGUGGGCUCAAGUUCAACAUUCAGAAACGGCCUUUCGCUGUCACAAGCCAGAGCUUCAGCUCCACCACGGAGGGCCAGCACGGCAGCUUCGGUCCCCAGCCCAACCCCGAGAAGGCCCAGAACCACAGGGGGAGCCUGUCCGGGAAGCCCGACGACUGGCCGCAGGACAUGAAGGAGUACGUGGAGCGCUGCUUCACCGCCUGCGAGUCAGAGGAGGACAAGGACCGCACGGAGAAGCUGCUCAAGGAGGUGCUGCAGGCGAGGCUCCAGGACGGCUCGGCCUACACCAUCGACUGGAGCCGGGAGCCCCUGCCGGGGCUGACGCGGGAGCCUGUGGCUGAGAGCCCCAAGAAGAAGCGGUGGGAGGCCCCUAGCAGCCUCCACCCUCCCCGGGGGGCAGGCUCAGCGACCAGGGGCGGGGGUGCCCAGUCCCAGCGAGGGACGCCCGGGGCUGGGGGUGCUGGCCGAGCCCGGGGCAGCAGCUUCGCCAAGUUCGGCAACCGCAAUGUCUUCAUGAAGGACCACAGCUCCUCCUCCAGCACGGACUCGCGCUCCCGCUCCUCCUCCCGCUCCCCGACCCGCCACUUCCGGCGCAGUGACUCGCACUCGGAUUCCGACAGCUCCUACUCAGGGAGUGAGUGUCACCCUGUGGGUCGCAGGAACCCGCCCGCCAAGGGCCGGGGAGGCCGGGGGGCCCACAUGGACCGGGGCCGAGGCAGGGCGCAGCGUGGCAAGAGGCACGACCUAGCCCCCAGCAAGCGCAGCCGCAAGAAGAUGGCGGCCCUGGAGUGCGAGGACCCCGAGCGCGAGCUGAAGAAGCAGAAGCGGGCGGCGCGCUUCCAGCACGGACACUCCCGCCGCCUGCGCCUGGAGCCCCUGGUGCUGCAGAUGGGCAGCCUGGAGAGCGGCGGGGCUGACCCCGACUGGCACGAGCUGCAGAUUGUGGGCACCUGCCCUGACAUCACCAAGCACUACUUGCGUCUCACCUGCGCCCCCGACCCGUCCACCGUGCGCCCCGUGGCGGUUUUGAAGAAGUCGCUGUGCAUGGUCAAGUCCCACUGGAAGGAGAAGCAGGACUACGCGUUUGCCUGUGAGCAGAUGAAGUCCAUCCGGCAGGACCUGACGGUGCAAGGCGUGCGCACCGAGUUCACGGUGGAGGUGUACGAGACCCACGCCCGCAUCGCCUUGGAGAAGGGUGACCACGAAGAGUUCAACCAGUGCCAGACGCAGCUCAAGUCCCUGUAUGCCGAGAACCUGCCAGGCAACGUGGGCGAGUUUACCGCCUACCGGAUCCUCUACUACAUCUUCACCAAGAACUCGGGAGACAUCACCACGGAGCUGGCGUACCUGACGCGGGAGCUGAAGGCGGACCCUUGUGUGGCCCACGCCUUGGCGCUCAGGGCAGCCUGGGCCCUGGGCAACUACCACCGCUUCUUCCGGCUCUACUCGCACGCGCCCUGUAUGUCUGGCUACCUCGUGGACAAGUUUGCAGAUCGGGAGCGCAAGGCCGCCCUCAAGGCAAUGAUCAAAACCUUCCGCCCUGCGCUGCCAGUCUCCUACCUGCAGGCCGAGCUGGCCUUCGAGGGCGAGGCCGCCUGCCGGGCCUUCCUGGAGCCCCUGGGCCUGGCCUACACGGGCCCGGACAACUCCAGCGUCGACUGCCGCCUCAGCCUGGCGCAGCUGCCGGCCUUCUGAGCACCACGCCGCCGGGGGCGGGGGGCGGGAUGCAGCCCCCCAGCGCCGUCUCGGCGGCUUUUGUUUUUGAGCCGUGGACUUGGGUUGUAAAUUAAUUUGCGGGGAGUGGGCUCCAGGAAGAGCCACCAGCCCGGCCCCCGUGUUCCCACCGGGGAGUCUGUACAGAGAUUUUUCUACAUUUUUAUUUUUUGCCUCCGAGGGAUGGGAUUGGGGGCGGGGGCGGGGGCGGGACAGCGGAGGGUUGGGGGCACGGUCUGUAGGGUCGUCUGUGUCCACCUUGCACCUCCACUAAUGCUGUCUCAGUGUUUUUUCUCUCUCUCUCUCGAGCUUGUACUCCGGUAGUGACCCGGCCCCCCGGCGCAUCCCAUGCCGGGGGCGCCAGCGGAAGAAGACAGGCCGCUC